CCGGCUUGCAGAAAUCGCGUUGCCCGCGCAGUUUUCUUUUUGUUGAUAUCGGGUGCAGACCAAGCGGCAUAGCAAAUACGCUAAAACAGCAAGGACCGGAAGAUCUGUGAAAAAUAAAAUUAAUAGUAAACAGUUUAAUUUUUCGAACCCAAAGAAGAACUGCAUUAUGCCCCGUGCCAAGGCCGUGAAAAAACUAGCAGAGGCGCUGCCAUCUGAACCCACUGACCCCACUCCAAAUGGCAAUGGAAACGUCGACGAAGAUGCUGCCCCUGCCGCCGGGGAAGCCAAGGUUCCGGCUAGGGGGAAGCCUCGAGCGAAAAAAGCCGCCAAAGCGAAUGUAGCUGUGGAAAACGACGAGGAAAUCCAAGCGGAAAAGCCUGCCGCAGCAGCGGCACGUGGCAAGAAGAAGCAGCAGCCGAAGGAUACAGAAGAAAACGGCGAGGGUGAGGCGGUGGCCAAGCCAAAGGGACGCGCCAAGAAGGCGGCUGCAGUGGCAGAACCCAAGGCCGAUCCACCAGUUGCUGGCCGGGCCCCCAAGUCCAGGACCAAAAAGGACCCUACGCCUGUCCCCGAGGAAGAGGCUCCCACCACCAAGGGACGAUCCAAGACUGAGAAACCAGCGGCUGCCCAGGAGCCCAAGGCAAAGGGGCGAAAGAGGAAGGAGACGCCGGCUGAGGCCAACGGAGAGGCCGAGGAAGUGGCGGAGCCACCAAAACGGCAGGCCAAGAAGGAACCCACACCGGCUCCAGAAACAGAACCAGAAUCAAUGGCCCCGUCCAAGGAGAAAGCCCCCAAAGCUGAAGCUGCUGCCAAGCGGGCACGCGGAACCAAGCGCCUGGCGGACUCGGAGAUUGCAGCUGCCCUCGACGAGGCAGAAGCGGAUGAUGAGCCACCAAAGGCGCCCACCAAACGAACCAAGAAGGGAAAGACUGCUAAGCCGGAACCAGAGGCUGUAGGGGAUUCAGAAAUAGUAAAGGAUGUAGUAGAGUCCGCUCCAAAAGCUACAGCUGCAGCCAAAAAACGAACCAAAAAGAUAAAGGAUGACGGAGUGGAGGAAAUAGAGCCGCAGGCCGAGGCAAAGACCACCAAGCAGCGCGGCAAGAAGGAGGCCAAGGAGGAGCAGCCGGCGCCCGUGAAAAAGCGCGGACAGAAGGCGUCCGGCGAGAAGGAAAACGGUGUGGCAGCCGAAACCGAGCCUCCUGCUGAUAGCAAACCAGCUCGUGGUCGAAAAAAGGCAGCAGCUAAGGCAGAGGCUACAGACGACAUUGAAGAAAAAGCAGCGGAAAGCAAACCAGUUCGAGGCCGAAAAAAGGCGGCUGCCAAAACUGAUGAUCCCGAAGAUGAUGCGGAGGUCAGCUCGAAAAGUAUGUUGGUGGAGCAAUCCGGUUGCGGUGGAGCUGCCGUUUUAAAAAGCUUGCAAAACAUGCUCAACUUCUGUUUUCCAGCAACCAAGAAAACCAAGAAGGCCGAGGGCACUUCCAGUGCGCCAUUGGAUAAAGACGCCUUCGCCUUGCCAGCCGAUAAGGUAUACAACUUGAAAAUCUCCAGCUGGAAUGUGGCCGGUCUGAGGGCCUGGUUGAAGAAGGAUGGUCUCCAGUUGAUUGACCUCGAGGAACCGGACAUAUUCUGCCUGCAGGAAACCAAGUGCGCCAACGAGCAGCUGCCGGAGGAAGUGACCCGUCUGCCGGGCUACCAUCCCUACUGGCUGUGCAUGCCGGGUGGCUAUGCUGGCGUUGCCAUUUACAGCAAGAUCAUGCCCAUAAACGUGGAGUACGGCAUUGGCAACGAGGAGUUCGAUGACGUGGGACGCAUGAUAACGGCGGAGUAUGAAAAGUUCUACUUGAUCAAUGUUUAUGUGCCGAAUUCGGGGCGAAAGUUGGUCAACCUAGAGCCACGCAUGCGCUGGGAGAAGCUCUUCCAGGAGUACGUGAAGAAACUGGACGCACUGAAGCCGGUGGUCAUCUGCGGCGACAUGAACGUUUCGCACAUGCCCAUUGAUUUGGAGAAUCCCAAGACGAACACCAAGAACGCCGGCUUCACCCAGGAAGAGCGUGACAAAAUGACCGAGCUGCUGGCCCUCGGUUUUGUGGACUCCUUCAGGCAUCUGUACCCCGACCGGAAGGGCGCCUACACCUUCUGGACCUACAUGGGCAAUGCGCGAGCCCGCAAUGUGGGCUGGCGUCUCGACUAUUGCCUGGUCUCGGAGCGAUUUGUCCCAAAGGUGGUGGAGCACGAAAUUCGCUCAAAAUGCCUGGGAAGCGACCAUUGCCCCAUCACCAUAUUCUUCAAUAUCUAGAUGUACUCCUCGUUUGUAUGUGCUCUUUCAUUCGUCAUAAUUAUUCUGUUUUCAUUUAUUAUUGGGUUAUUAUUAUAUUUACUUAUCCCUGCUGUACAGUGUGUACGGCCCGAAUUAAUUUGUUAAAUUCGUCAUUACACUUUUCAGUUGUAGAUCGACCAUAAGAAUUGGAAUUUUUUAAAUAAAGUAAGCUACUCUGAUUCGGA